AUGGAGAGUGUCGUGUUUAAAAGAGCUAUCUAUCACUGCCGGCUCAUAUCUAUCUUUUUAUCUAUCUAUCUUUAUCUAUUGCAUCUGUUAACACCUAUCUAUUUCUGUCUUUUCAUCUAUCUAUCUAUCUAUCUAUCUAUCUUUAUCUAUCUAUACAUCUAUCAACCUCAGUUUUUUUUCAUUAAAUAUUUCCAUCUGUUAACAUCUAUUGCCGUCUUUUCAUCAUCCAUCUAUCUAUCUAUCUAUCUAUCUAUCUAUCUAUCUAUCUAUCUAUCUAUCAGCCUCAGUUUUUUCAUUAAAUAUUUCCAUCUGUUAACAUCUAUUCCCAUCUUUUCAUCUAUCUAUCUAUCUAUCUAUCUAUCUAUCUAUCUAUCUAUCUAUCUCAGUCUGUUCAUAUCUAUCUAUCUAUCUAUCUAUCUAUCUAUCUAUCUAUCUAUCUAUCUCAGUUUGUUCAUAUCUAUCUAUCUAUCUAUCUAUCUAUCUAUCUAUUUCAUUGUCUCCUUUUCGGCUUUAUUUAGCUUUUCUCUGUCAGUACUACUACUACUACUACUACUACUACUACUACUACUUCUUCUUUUUCUUCCUCUUCUUCUUCUUCUUCUUCUUCUUGAUCUUCCUCUUCUUCCUUUUUUCUUCCUCUUCUUCCUCCACUUCCUCUUCUUCUUCUUUUUCCUCCUCAUCUUCCUCUUCUUCCUUUUUUUCUUCCUCUUCCUCUUCCUCCUCUUCUUCUACAUCUUCUUCUUCUUCCUUUUCUUCUUCCUCUUCUUUUUGCACUUCCUCCUCUUCUUCCUCUUCCUCUUCUUUAUCCACUUCUCUUUCCACUUCUUCUUCUUGAUCUUCCUCUUCUUCCUUUUCUUCUUCCUAUUCCUCUUCUUUCUCCACUUCUUCUUCUUCCUAUUCUUCUUCUUUCUCCUCUUUUUGAUCUUCUUCAUCUUCCUUUUCUACUUCCUCUUCUUUUUCCUCUUCUCCUUCUUGAUUUUCCUCUUCUUCAUUUUCAUCUCCUUCCUUUUCAUCUUCUUCCUCUUUUUUCACACCCUCUUCUUCUUCCUCUUCUUCUUCCUUUUCUUCUUCUUCUUCUUCUUUUUCUUCUUCUUCCUCUUCUUGUUAUUCUUUUUCUGCUUCUUCUUCUUCUCCCUAUUCUUCCUCUUCUUCUAA